AUGGUUGUAUCAAACGCAUCUAAUGUGUUUACAGUGGCAUUAAUUGAUGGUGGUAAUGCUGAAGAUGAUGGUGGUGAUGAUAGUGAUGAUAAAGAGGGCGAUGAUGACGAUGGUUCUAAUGGUGAUGGUUCUGAUCGUAAUGAUUCUGAUGAUGAUGGUUCUGACGGUGAUGGUUCUGACGGUGAUGGUUCUGACGGUGAUGGUUCUGACGGUGAUGGUUCUGACGGUGAUGGUUCUGACGAUAAUGGUUCUGAUGAUGAUGGUUCGGAUCGUGAUGAUUCUGACGAUGAUGGUUCUGAUCGUGAUGAUUCUGAUGAUGGUGGUUCUGAUCGUGAUGGUUCUGAUCGUGAUGGUCCUGAUGAUGAUGAUUCUGAUGAUGGUGGUUCUGACGGUGAUGGUUCUGAUCGUGAUGGUUCUGAUGAUGGUGGUUCUGAUCGUGAUGGUUCUGAUCGUGAUGGUUCUGAUGAUGAUGGUUCUGAUCGUGAUGGUUCUGAUCGUGAUGGUUCUGAUGAUGAUGGUUCAGGUGGUGAUGGUUCUGAUGAUGAUGGUUCUGAUGGCGAUGAUAAAGAUGGUGAUGGUGAUGAUAAAGAUGGCGAUGGUUCUGAUAGUGAUGAUUCUGAUGGUGAUGGUGAUGAUAAAGAUGACGAUGGUUCUGAUGCUGAUGAUAAAGAUGACGAUGAAGAUGAUUGUGAUGUAGAUGGUGAUGAUGAAAAUGGUUCUGAUGGUGAUGAUAAAGAUGAUCUUGAUGGUGAUGAUAAAGAUGAUUCUGAUGGUGAUGAUAAAGGUAACGAUGAAGGUGAUGGUGGUGAUGAAGGUGAUGUUGGUAAUGAAGAUAAAGAUGAUUGUGAUGAUGAUGGUGAUGAUGAUGGUGAUGGUAAAAGUGAUGGGGAUGUUGAAGAUAAUGAAUAUGAGGAGAAGAAGCCGGCGGUGGAGGAGAAAAAAAAGAAGGAGGACGAUGUGCUACUAUCCAAAUCGUUGGUUUCUUGA